AAAACCUGGACUCUGUUAUUCGCCCCCUGUAGCCGCCUGCAAUCCAAAGUCCAGGACUUGCAGCAGCUUUCACAUCCAGGAGUGGGCAGGCCUUUCAGCCGGUGAGGGGCGGAGUGCGCCGAGUUCAGGACAGAUUAUUCACCUCCUGUCUGCGGCUGCACGGCCGAUGAAGCAGCACUCCUUCUGGGGAUACCUCGCCGUGACAACUCCGUCUCGAUGGAGGGAAGGAUUCUUGCGGAAUACGGAGCGUUUUAGGUUCGAGGACUGCGCCGAUGGGUCGAGAAYGAACGGCAACAAACAACAACAUGAAACUUCCAACUCGUGGUGCGCACAAGAAGAAGUAGGGCUCGAAAUGCGGAUCAGCCCGUGAUGGAUUUCCUCUGAAAAAAAAAAAGAAAAGAAAAGAAAGAAAGAAAAAGCGAGAUAAAAAGACGCGCAGGCUGGACGGGUUGUUGAUGCGCAGAGCCGUGCGUAAAGAUGGGGACCCCCGUGCACCCGGAGACCAGGAAGUUUACGCGGUGUCUGAGUAAACCUGGCACCGCGGCCGAGCUCAGGCAGAGCGUGUCGGAGGUGGUGAGGACGUCGGUGUUGGUCGCGAAACGGAAGGUGAUCGAGCCGCUGGAUUAUGAAAAUGUGCUGGUUCAGAGGAAGACGCAGAUCCUCAGUGAUGUCCUCAGAGACAUGCUGCAGUUCCCCCUCGAGGACUUUGAGAUUUCAACUCUGCGGCGCCAAGGAAGAACUCUGUACCCCACAGUGCCUGAAAAUGCUGAGCGGGAGGCCCACAGUCUGUUCGUCCAAGAGUGCAUUAAGACCUACAAGUCCGACUGGCAUGUCGUCAACUAUAAGUACGAGGACUACUCCGGUGAUUUCCGACAGCUUCCAAACAAAGUGUCGCGGCCCGAUAAACUUCCUGUGCACGUGUUUGAAGUGGACGAGGACGUCGAUAAAGAUGAGGACACGGCCUCCUUAGGUUCCCAGAAAGGUGGGAUUUCCAAACAUGGCUGGCUCUACAAGGGAAACAUGAACAGUGCCAUCAGYGUCACCAUGAGGUCAUUCAAGAGGAGGUAUUUCCACCUAACCCAGCUCGGUGACGGAUCAUAUAAUUUAAACUUCUUCAAGGAUGAGAAGAUCUCCAAAGAGCCCAAAGGAACCAUUUUCCUGGAUUCCUGUAUGGGCGUGAUUCAGAACAACAAAGUUCGGAGGUUUGCUUUCGAGCUGAAGAUGCAGGAUAAGAGCACCUACCUGCUGGCUGCAGACAGCGAAGCCGAGAUGGAGGACUGGAUCAACACGCUUAACAAGAUCUUACACACCAGCUUCGAGCUUGCCAUGCAGGAGAAGAGAAAUGGAGACGCUCAUGAUGACGAUGAUCUUGGAAAGUCAGACAGUUCUUCUGGCAGCCUCGACAGCUUUCAGAGCACGAGAGAUAUAGAGUCCAGGAUGAGGAAUGAGACCAGACUGAAGCUGUUCACCCUGGACCCAGACACACAGAGACUUGACUUCUCAGGAAUAGAGCCAGACGUGAAGCUGUUUGAGGAGAAGUUCGGCAAGCGGGUGCUGGUGAACUGCAAUGACCUCUCGUUUAACCUGCAGAGCUGCGUCGCCGAGAACGAGGAGGGGCCCACGACAAAUGUGGAGCCGUUCUAUGUGACCCUGUCCCUGUUCGACAUCCAGAACGGCAGGAAGAUCUCCUCUGACUUCCAUGUUGACUUGAACCACCCRUCUGUGAGGGGCAUGGUGCCCACUAACACCAGUCAGUACAUGAACGGAGGGGCUGACGCCCGUAAUGACGGCCAGCGGUUUAUCCACGGAGUGUCAGAARCUACUCUGCAGUAUCCCCAACAGGGGGUCUUCUCUGUGACGUGCCCUCAUCCUGAUAUCUUCCUGGUGGCUCGCAUCGACAAGGUGCUUCAGGGGGGAAUCAACCACUGUGCUGAGCCGUACAUGAAGAGUUCAGACUCCACUAAGAUGGCACAGAAGGUCCUGAAAAACGCCAAGCUGGCGUGUAGUCGACUGGGUCAGUACAGGAUGCCAUUUGCCUGGGCUGCAAGACCUUUGUUCAAAGACGCUUCGGGGACGCUUGACAAAACCUCUCGCUUCUCAGCUCUGUACAGGCAGGACAGCAACAAACUGUCCAACGAYGACAUGCUCAAACUGCUGGCUGAUUUCAGAAAGCCAGAGAAGAUGGCCAAGCUGCCUGUAAUUUUAGGAAACCUUGAUGUCACCAUCGACAGCGUYGCCCCUGACUUGACGAAUUGUGUUACCUCAUCCUACAUCCCUGUGAAGCAGUUUGACGCCAACGAGAGGAGCAGCAUCUUCUUUGAAGUGGAGGAGUUUGUGCCGUGCAUCGCCAAAUGCUCUCAGCCUUUCACCAUCUACAACAAUCACCUCUACGUUUACCCGAAGCACUUGAAAUACGACAGCCAGAAGUCAUUCGCAAAGGCUCGGAACAUAGCCAUCUGCAUUGAGUUCAGGGACUCGGAUGAUGAAGAUGCUGUUUCACUGAAGUGCAUCUAUGGGCGACCGGGGGGACCYUUGUUUACCAAAACUGCCUUUACCUCAGUAUUACAUCACCAAAACAACCCCGAAUUCUACGAUGAAUUUAAGAUUGAGUUACCAACGCAGCUCCAUGARAAACAUCACCUGCUCUUCACCUUCCACCACGUGAGCUGCGACAGCAACAGCAAGGCCAGCACCAAGAAGCGAGACGUGGUGGAGAUGCAAGUGGGCUACGCCUGGCUCCCCUUGCUGAAGGAUGGUCGAGUGAUCAUGAACGAGAGUCACGUCUCUGUGGCUGCUAACCUGCCUGCUGGAUACCUGAGCUGUCAGGAGGGAGCCAGCAAGCAUCUGGGUCCUGAGAUCAAAUGGGUCGAUGGAGGAAAGCCGUUAUUCAAAGUGUCCACUCAUCUGGUGUCCACUGUGUACACUCAGGAUCAACAUWUGCACAACUUCUUCCAUCACUGUCAGAGUGUUGCAUCAGCAGCUCAGGUGUCCGGAGGGGAACUGGUCAAAUACCUGAAGAGUUUGCAUGCCAUGGAGGGUCAUGUGAUGAUCAAGUUUUUGCCAACCAUCCUCAAUCAGCUGUUCAGGGUCCUGACCAGUAACACACAAGAGGACGUCACAGUGAACGUCACCAGAGUCAUGAUUCACGUUGUGGCCCAGUGCCACGAGGAGGGCUUGGAGCACUACCUUCGCUCUUAUGUGAAGUAUGUAUUUAAGACCGAGCCGUACUCUUCCUCAACCACCCGAACUGUGCAUGAAGAGUUGGCGAAAGCCAUGACCGCAAUCCUGAAACCCUCCACUGACUUCCUAACGUGUAACAAGCUGCUCAAGUACUCCUGGUAUUUCUUUGAAGCUUUAAUCAAGUCAAUGGCUCAGUACUUGAUUGAAAGCUGUAAAGUGAGGCUGUCCAGGAAUCAACGCUUCUCUGCUCCUUUCCAUCACACCGUGGAGACUCUGGUCAACAUGAUGAUGCCACACAUCACUCAGAAGUACAAGGAUAACCUGGAUGCUGCUCGAAACGCCAACCACAGCCUGGCAGUCUUCAUAAAGCGCUGCUUUAACCUGAUGGACCGAGGCUUUGUGUUCAAGCAGAUCAACAACUAUAUCAACUGCUUUAUGCCUGGAGACCCAAAGACACUGUUUGAGUUUAAGUUUGAGUUCCUGCGUGUUGUGUGCAACCACGAACACUUCGUGCCCCUAAACCUGCCCAUGCCUUUUGGAAAGGGGAGGAUAUUGAGAUUUCAAGACCUCCAGAUGGAGUACUCAUUGACUGAGGACUUCUGCAGGAACCAUUUUCUGGUGGGUCUGCUGCUCCGGGAGGUCAGCGCGGCUCUGCAGGAGUUCAGAGAGAUUCGUCAGAUUGCCAUCCAAGUGCUGAAGAACCUCAUGAUCAAACACACGUUUGAUGACCGCUACAACUCUAAGAGCCAGCAGGCCAGGCUGUCCACCUUGUACUUUCCCUUGUUUGGUCUGCUUCAAGAGAACGUCAACAGACUGAACGUGAAGGAGGUUUCCCCGUUCCCCGUCAACCACUCUAAUAAUAAUGGAAGAGAAGAUCCACUUCUAAACAAUCCCCUGACGACACCUCCCAGGUCCAGCACAUUCCUGGACACCAGCUUGCACAAAGAUGUUUUUGGAGCCAUCUCAGGCACCACUUCUCCUCAUGCAGCCUCCACCCCAAACAUUAACUCUGUGCGCCACGCCGACUCUCGUGGCUCCCUGAUCAGCACCGACUCGGGGAACAGCCUGCCUGAGARGAACAACGACAAAGGCAGUUCUCUGGACAAGAACCAGUCCUCCUCAGCCCUGGGAAACUCCCUGCUGCGAUGYGACAAACUGGAUCAGGCAGAGAUAAAGAGCCUCCUCAUGGGUUUUCUGCACAUACUUAAAACCAUGUCUGAGGAUGCUCUGUUCACAUAUUGGAACAAAUCUUCAUCUGCUGAGAUGAUGGACUUUUUCACUUUAAUAGAGGUGUGCCUCCAUCAGUUUAGGUACAUGGGAAAAAGAUACAUUGCAAGGAACCAGGAUGGGGCAGGACCCGUGGCACAUGAGCGAAAGUCUCAGACUCUGCCUGUGUCUCGUAACAGGGCGGGGAUGAUGCAUGCCCGCUUACAGCAGCUCAGCAGCCUGGAUAACUCAUACACUUUUAACUACACCUACAGUCACUCAGAUGCUGAUGUGUUGAAUCAGUCGCUCCUGGAGGCCAACAUUGCCACUGAAGUGUGUCUAACUGUCCUGGACACGCUCAGCAUCUUCAUUAUGAGCUUUAAGACGCAGCUUAGCUCUGAUCACGGCCACAGUCCGCUCAUGAAGAAGGUAUUUGAAGUCCACCUCUGCUUCCUGCGCAUCAAUCAGUCAGAAACGGCCCUGAAGCAAGUUUUCACUUCUCUGCGCACCUUCAUCUACAAGUUCCCGUGCACGUUUUUUGAAGGGCGUGCAGACAUGUGUGCAGCUUUCUGCUAUGAGAUCCUGAAAUGUUGCAACUCCAAGCUGAGCUCCAUUCGCAGCGACGCAGCCCACCUGCUGUACUUCCUCAUGAAGAGUAACUUUGACUACACGGGUCGCAAGUCAUUUGUCAGGACUCACCUACAGGUGGUGAUUGCUGUCAGUCAGCUGAUAGCUGAUGUGAUCGGUAUUGGGAGUACCCGCUUCCAGCAGUCUCUGUCAAUAAUCAACACCUGUGCCAACAGUGAUAAAACCAUAAAGCACACGGCCUUCCCAUCAGACGUGAAGGACCUGACCAAACGCAUCAGGACGGUUCUGAUGGCCACGGCUCAGAUGAAGGAGCACGAGAGAGAUCCCGAGAUGCUCGUGGACCUGCAGUACAGCCUCGCCAAGUCUUAUGCCAGCACGCCCGAGCUGCGCAAGACCUGGCUUGACAGCAUGGCCCGAAUCCAUGUGAAGAAUGGAGAUCUGUCAGAGGCGGCCAUGUGUUACGUUCACGUUGCAGCACUUGUGGCAGAAUAUCUUCGSAGAAAAGGCAUGUUCAAGCAGGGCUGCUCGGCUUUCCGAGUCGUGACUCCAAACAUCGACGAAGAAGCAGCGAUGAUGGAGGACGUGGGGAUGCAGGACGUCCACUUCAACGAGGAUGUCUUGAUGGAGCUUUUGGAGGAGUGUGCAGACGGAUUGUGGAAAGCGGAGCGAUACGAGCUCAUCUCUGACAUCUACAAGCUCAUAAUCCCCAUUUAUGAGAAGCGCAGGGACUUUGAGAAACUGGCUCACCUGUACGACACGCUGCACCGUGGCUACAGCAAAGUGACGGAGGUCAUGCACACAGGAAAGAGGCUGUUGGGCACAUACUUCAGAGUGGCUUUCUUUGGCCAGGCGGCGCAGUACCAGUUUACUGACUCAGAGGCUGAGGGUUUCUUCGAAGAUGAGGACGGUAAGGAAUACAUCUACAAAGAACCCAAAUUCACCCCUUUGUCUGAGAUUUCCCAGAGGCUCCUGAAGCUGUACUCAGACAAGUUUGGUCAGGAAAAUGUGAAGAUGAUUCAGGACUCUGGGAGGAUAAAUCCCAAAGACCUGGACUCCAAGUACGCAUACAUCCAGGUGACACAUGUGACUCCCUACCUGGAUGAAAAGGAGCUGGUCGACAGGAAGACGGACUUUGAACGGAGCCACAACAUCCGUCGAUUUGUGUUUGAGAUGCCUUUCACGAUAUCUGGCAAGAAGCAGGGCGGAGUGGAAGAGCAGUGCAAACGCAGGACCAUACUGACCACCACACACUGUUUUCCCUACGUGAAGAAGCGCAUCGCAGUGAUGUACCAACACCACACCGACCUGAGCCCCAUCGAGGUGGCCGUCGACGAGAUGAGCAAGAAAGUUGCCGAAAUCAAGCAGCUGUGCUCCUCCAGCGAGGUGGACAUGAUCCGUCUGCAGCUGAAACUGCAGGGCAGCAUCAGUGUCCAGGUGAAUGCGGGACCGCUCGCAUAUGCCAGAGCUUUUCUGGAUGACACGUGUCCCAAGAAGUAUCCAGAUAACAAGGUCAAACAGCUGAAAGAGGUCUUCAGGCAUUUCGUGGAGGCCUGUGGUCAAGGCUUAGGCAUCAAUGAGCGACUGAUCAAAGAGGACCAACAGGAGUACCAUGACGAGAUGAAGGCGAACUACAGAGACCUGACCAGAGAGCUCUCCAUCAUCAUGCACGAGCAC